AUGGAAAAGCAAAACCAAAAAACAGCUAUGGUAUUACUUACAGGAUAUUUAGGUUCUGGUAAGACUACUCUGAUAUCAUAUAUUUUAAAAGAAUAAAACACAUAUAAAGUUGCUGUUGUUUAAAAUGAAUUCGCUGACGAAAUGGGUAUAGAAGCACCAUUAAUGCAAGAUUCAGAAGGUAAGCCCUUUGAUAAAUUCUACGAACUUCCUAAUGGUUGUAUAUGCUGUACUGCAAAAGAUGAUUUACUUACUGCUGUAGAGUAUUUGAUUUAGAAUGAAAAGUCUAAACUAGAUUUUAUUUUAGUCGAAACAAAUGGAUUAGCUGAUCCUUCUUCUACCAUAAAAAGCUUUUGGGUUGAUGAAAAUAUAGAUUUUCCUGCAGAAUUAAGGGCUAUUCAUACAGUUGUACCUGUGCAUAGAUAUGAGUAACUUAAAAGCGAUUAAAUUUUCUAAAGAUAAAUUUUAUAUGCUGAUAAUAUACUGUUAAAUUAGAUAGAUAAAUCUAAUGAAGAAGAAAUCUAGAAUGUGGAAAAGUAAAUUCGUCAACUCAAUCCAAUUGCCAAAUUUGAAAGGUCUUCUUAUUGCAAAAUAGACUUAAAUAGAAUUUUUGAAAUUGAUGGGUUUAACUUGAGAAAGAGUAAAUCAGAGGCAAUCGAAAUAUUAAAUAAAAUUAGCUAGGAACAUGAGCAUGAUCAUGCUCAUGCAGAUGGAGAUAUUUAAUAUCAAUUUUUUGAAUAUGCUGCAAACCCUUUUGAUGAAAAGGAAUUAGAAAUCAAGUUAGGUGAAUUACUUUGGGAGAAUGAAAAAAUAAAAGUUUUAAGAAUGAAAGGUUUGAUUCACAUUAAAGACGAUGAUUUUAUGUAUUCUCUCUAAGGUGUAGAAGACAUAUUUGAAAUCAAAAAAACAGAUGUAAUGUGGCCAGAAACCCAACAGAGGAAAUCAAAAUUUUUAUUUAUUUGCUAGAAUGCUACAAAAUAAGAAUUGAUAGAUAUCAUUACAAAUUGA